AUGGCCCCAAAGGGACCCCGCCCCUUGCUCUUCCUGACCCUGGUCCUGCUGGCCGCCUGCCCGGCCCAGCUCAGCAAAGGCGCCAGCUACCGGCAGUUCCUGAACCAACACGUUGACUUCCCCAUGAUCCUUGGUUUUGACAACCAUGCCUACUGCAACUACAUAAUGGAGCGCCGAGGGCUGACCCGCCCUGUCUGCAAACCCACCAACACCUUCAUCCACGCCCCCACCAGCGAGGUCCAGGCCAUCUGCAGGGGGUUAGGGAGAUGCCACGGACGCAACUUCUGCGACAGUAACUCAUCCUUCUUCCUCACCAUCUGCCGGGUGGCGCCCGGCUCCCGCCCAGGGCGCUGUGUUUACAGGGGCAGAGUCCAGACCCGCAAGAUCCGCGUGGCCUGUAAGCAGAGGCUGCUUGUGCUUUUUGUCAGAAUCCUGUAG